CAAUAGAGACAGGCCGAGGCCCUGAAGAGUGAAGCCCAAGCGAAGCCCGUCUAUGCUGUUUCAGUCACAACAAUCAAUUUCUGUGUCACACUUCUCUUCCUUUCAGCCUCAUCAGUCACCACUACCACACGCCGCCGCCCGGAGAACAACCUUCCACCUCAGAGGGACAAUGGAAGUCGACAGAAUUGACGGUCGAACCCCCAACCAGUUGAGACCAUUAGCAUGUUCCCGAAACGUACUUAACCGCGCUCAUGGCUCAGCUAGUUGGUCUCAAGGAGAUACCAAAGUUCUUGCUGCCGUUUAUGGACCAAAAGCUGGAACUAAGAAGAAUGAAAGCCCUGAAAAGGCUUGCAUUGAAGUUAUUUGGAAACCUAAAACUGGGCAGAUUGGAAAAAUGGAAAAGGAGUAUGAGAUGAUAUUGAAGAGGACCUUACAAAGCAUAACCCUUUUAAACGUCAAUCCUAAUACAACAACAUCCCUCAUAAUACAAGUUGUCCAUGAUGACGGUGCACUUCUCCCUUGUGCCAUUAAUGCUGCUUGUGCUGCUUUUGUUGAUGCUGGAAUUCCUCUAAAACAUCUUGCUGUUGCAAUAUGUUGUGGUCUUGUCGAAAGUGGAUAUGUAAUACUUGACCCUACCAAGCUAGAAGAGCAGAAAAUGAAGGCUUUUGCAUAUCUUGUCUUCCCAAACUCAGCUCUCUCAGUCCGUCCAGAAGGAUCAGCAGAAGUGAAGGAUGAACCUCUAGAACAUGGGAUCAUCACAUCUGUUACACAGGGUGCAAUGGCAGUGGGAGACUACUUUCACUGUCUAGAACGAGGGCGCGCCACUAGCGAAAAGAUGUCUGCAUUCCUCCGGAGGAGCUUGCAACCCCAAAUCCCCAGUUGACCGACACAUCUGUAGCUCAGUGAUUUAGAUCAUAAAAUCUAAACUCAAUACUAAUACAUCUUAUGAGAUUUCAAAUGGGGAGUUAGUUAAUUUUGGUGCCAAUACUUGACAAAUCCUAGCCGUUGAGUUGAGUUUAACAAUUUUGAAUCCCACCAUUUUUGGUUUUCUAUGUCCACCGUUUCUUGUAUCAAGUGGGUAGUGAUUUUGUUCCACAGCCUUUGCACAUAACUGUAGUAAAUGCUCAUUUCAAUGUACGUAAUGCAAAAGAGUUCCUUUUGGCCCCUCCA